AUGAGCCAACUACUGACCUCUCGUCAAGCGGAGGAGCUACACAAGUCCAUGGUCGCUUAUUUCCUUUCUGUGGGCAUGACCGACACGGCUGCAGCCCUGCGGCGAGAAUCCAACCUGGCGGACACCUUCGACGAUGCCACUGCCAAAAAAUAUGAGACUUUGCUCGAGAAGAAGUGGACUUCAGUGGUCCGAUUGCAGAAAAAGAUCAUGGAUCUGGAGGCCAGAAACGCAGCUUUACAGCAGGAAAUAGAGACCGCCACUCCGCUCUCAUCAAGUCGCAAAAUCGACCCUACGACGUGGUUACCCAAAGCUCCAGCCCGGCACACAUUACAAGGCCACCGACUCCCGGUUACGUCGGUGGCAUUUCAUCCUAUCUUCUCCUCGCUCGCAUCCGCAUCGGAAGAUUCGACCAUCAAAAUCUGGGACUGGGAGCUGGGCGAGUUAGAAAGAACAUUGAAGGGACACACCAAAGCAGUGCUCGAUGUAGACUUUGGGGGGCCCAGAGGAGGCACGCUUCUUGCCAGUUGCAGCAGCGAUCUCACCAUUCGACUAUGGGAUCCAAGUGACGAAUACAAGAACAUCCGAACCUUGCCCGGCCACGACCAUUCCGUCUCCUCGAUCCGUUUUAUCCCUUCGGGGGCAGCCGGCGCCCCUCUCUCUGGAAAUACCUUGGUGUCGGCAUCAAGGGAUAAGACGCUCCGGAUCUGGGACGUCACGACCGGGUACUGCCUAAAAACAUUGAAGGGGCACACGGACUGGGUCAGAGCUGUAAUGCCCUCGAUUGACGGUCGAUGGUUGUUGAGCGCGGGCAACGACCAAAUACCGCGAUUAUGGGAUGCGAGUUCCGGCGAGGUCAAGAUCACAUUUUUGGGACACGAACAUGUGGUGGAAUGUGUAGCUUUUGCACCGAGCUCGUCCUACGUCCAUCUGGCUAGCAUUGCUGGGUACAAGAAGCCUCCUCCGGCCAGCAGCAGUGGAGAGUUUUUGGCCACCGGAGGGAGAGAUAAAAUCAUCAAGAUCUGGGAUAAUCGGGGAACAUGUCACAAAACACUGGUGGGCCAUGAUAAUUGGGUGCGCGGCCUAGUCUUCCAUCCAGCAGGUCGAUAUUUGAUUUCGAUCUCGGACGACAAAACCGUUCGAUGUUGGGAUUUAUCACAAGAGUGCAAGUGUGUCAAAGUGGUAGACGAGGCUCAUCAACACUUCAUUAGCAGCAUUCGAUGGGCACCCGAUGUUCCCAUACAGCCCGCCACAAACGGAGAGAGCAAUGGCCUGACGACCGCAGUGAAAAAAGAAGACAGCGGUGGAGGACGCAAAAUUCGGUGUGUAGUUGCGACAGCCAGUGUCGACUUGAAUGUUCGUGUCUUUGCCGGUUAG